AUGCCGCAGCAACUCCGCAAGAUCACCGUCGUCGGCGCCACCGGCGGUGGAAUAGGGAGCUGGAUCCUCAAGGGCGCGCUCGAGGCCGGCCACACGGUGUCGGUCGUCACGCGCCUGGAAUCCGACACAUCGAGCAUUCCCCCGGGUGUUGCCGCCAUCCAUCGCGCAGCGUACGACGACGUCGCAGCCGUCACGGCCUUGCUCAAGGGACAGGACGUGCUCGUGCUCGCCAUCGGCUUCAUGGCCAUGAAGGCCGUGCAGGGGCACUUGAUCACGGCGGCUGCCGCCGCCGGAGUGCCUUGGGUCGUGCCGACCGAGUACGGGAGCCAGACCGUGGUGACAGACCCGCUCGAGCUCCUCAACCCCAUCUUCGCCGGCAAGGCGGCAUUCCGCAAGCAGAUCGAGGAGCUGGGCGUCGCCGGCUGGAUCGGCGUGGUCAACAACCCGUGGACCGAGUUCAGCCUGCGCCGGGGUGCCCCGGCCUUCGGCAUCGACAUUGCGGCCAGGAAGGCGACGCUGUACGACGGCGGCAACACCAAGCUCAACACGACAACCUAUCCCAAGGUCGGCCGCACGCUGGCCGCCGUGCUCGCGCUGCCCGACGCCGAGCUCGCCAAGUACAGGAACGCGUGGCUGCACGCAAGCUCGUUCCACGUCAGCCAGCGGGAUCUCCUCGCCAGCGUGUUGAAGGCGACGGGCGAAUCCGAGAGCGGCUGGGUCGUUGAAGAGCGCAGCGCCGAGGAGGUUGUCGCCGAGGCGGCCAAGGAGCCCUUCGACUCCAGGCUGCUGUAUGCCACUGUGGCCCGCGCUGGUUACGGCGGAGACUACAAUGACAAGGUGGUCGAUUAUGCCGCGCUCGGCAUUGAGCAGGAGGACCUGGAUGCCGUGGUCAAGUCGGUGGUCGACGAGAUCCGCAGUGCGCCGCCGCCUUCGGCCUAG